AUGCCGCCGGUCCGCCGCCGCUCGCCUCGUGCCACCCCGCGCCGUGGCAGGUCCUCCUCGGUCGCUUCGGCCGUCUCGGUCUCCUCGACCAACGGCGCCUCGUCGCCGCCCCCCUCGGCAUCCAAGCCCAAGCGUACCAGGAAGCCCAAGACUGUACGUCCGGCGCUCCCCACCGAGAGAAACCCUCGCCUCGAGAACCACCCCGACCAGCCCGUCAGGCUGCAGCUCAUCGAGCGUGAGAACCAGGAGAUCAUCGUCGGCCGCGUCAAGCUGCCGUCCGUCAACGGCAAUGACCACGCCUUCCUCCUUAAGAGGUUCGACACCGAUGCCGUCGCCGCCACCUCAAUGUUCCGCGUCGCCUUCCCCUUCGCCGACGAGGCCGCCGAGGCCGCUGAGAUGAAGUACCUAGAGACCCGCUACGACACCGACCGAGGCAAUGGCGGCCGCAUCACGAUCGCCCAGCCCGGCGUCAACGAGACUCCAGUCAAGCGCGGACGCGGACGUCCGAGGAAGAGCGAGACGCCGCGCAAGGACGGCGCGACCACGACCGACAACGAGUCCGUCGCCGGCAGCUCCACGUCCGAGGCUGUCAAGGUGCUGCCUGCCGGCAGCACGGGAGUCCGUCUGCAGGGCACCUGGAUCCCCGCCGACGACGCGGCCGAGGUGGCUCAGGAGUACGGCAUCCUCAAGUUUGCCCAGCCGCUCAUCAAGGCCGCCGCCAAGAUGGCCGAGGACAGCAGCGGACCCGUGCUAAUCGAGGCCACCCCGCAGAAGCCCGCGGAGAAGAGGGGCCGCCCCAGCAAGCGCGCAAAGAAGGCGGCCGGGGAUGACGAGGAAGAGGACCAGCUCGCCGGCGACGGGUCGGCGACGGACGCCUCGACGAGCGGACCCUCGGCGCCGCGGAUGGGCAUGAUGCGCACCGACGUCUUUGACGAAAGCGGCCACCUCUCCUCCAUCACCAUCGGGCCGUACAUCGAGGGCAUGUCCGCCGACGAGGGCGGGGACGACGAGGAUGACGACGAGGUGCACUACUCUGGCCGCGUCCCGAUGCCGCCGCGCCGAAAGCGCGUUCAGCGCGAGACGAUUCCCGAGGAGGAGGCAGCGACGGCCGCCCCUGCCCUCUCUGGGCCUGCGCCGCUCAGCCAGGCCGAGAUUGACGCUCAGAUCGAGGAGGCCAAGGCGCUUGCCGCUGGCGUCCAGAGGGCCGCAGCCACCAUCGCGGCCCCCGUGGCCCGCGGCCAGAAGCGCACCGCCGUCAACGACACGCCCACCGCAGACCUCACCGACGCGCUCGACGAUGACGAGGACUACGCUGCUGAGGGCGGCCGUGUGGUCCGGGCCUUCCGCCGCGGAACGCGCGUGGCUCGCCGACGACCGGUGGCCACCACGGCGGGUGUGCUGACGGCCGCCGGUGCGCUGGGCGCUGCCGGUGCCGCCUACAUGACGGGCGUCGACGUCAACACGGCCUUCCAGACCAUCUCGCAGACGGUGCAGAGCCUGGGCCUGCAGAACUGGUUCUUCUAG